AUGUCCACUCCUAUCCGACCAAUAUCGGAUAUAUACACUGACGGACGUAUAAAAAAACAUCCCUCCCUUUCAAAGCAAAAGCCAUCACUUCCCCCGCGUACACAAAAAGUCCGAGCCGUAAUCGAAGAAAAUGACCAACGACCUUCCGUAGCCUCACCGCCAGCUCUUCCUCCACGUGAAACAAAGACAGCCGCCGACUUUUAUAACUCUUCAGCCAAGUCGAAAAGUGAUUUAACAGAGAAAAAGAAAAAGAGAACGUCAUUGUUUCGAAUAUCGAUGGCAUUCAUGAAUCGUGACGGUUCUCAGAAGAACGACUCCGACGAAAAGGAUGUCAAUGUUUUAUCAUCCUCAACGCCGCCUCCAGCAUUACCACCACGACCAUCCGUACCUCGCAGUCUGCAAAAAUACAAACGUUGGAAUCGACUCAGUUCCGUCUCCCCUGCCGACAAAGCACUUCCUAGUCUUCCUCCUCCCAUAAUCCUUGGGAAAGGCAGUGAUAAGUUUUACAGAAAAUUCGACAUAUUGUUCGCCAAAAAGUUUCCCAAAGUAUACAUAUACCGUCAUGCUUUGUAUGUUGGUUUUGGACUGUUUUUACUCGGUCUUUUGGUGAUCAUUAUUUGUGCUGGAGCAGGAUUAUUUGCACAAGAUCACGGAGGUAAAGGAGCCAACAGUAGUGGAAAUGGCGAUGUGGGAACCGGUGGACUAGGAUUGAGUGGUUCUGGGGACGGUACUUAUUAUGAUCCUGGAAUUGGCACGGGUUCGUGCGGAACUUUGCAUACGGGCGACGAGUUGGUAGCCGCUUUGAAUGCUCCCCAAUAUGGUACCUUUGCUAAUCCGAACGACUCACCAGUCUGCGGUAAAUGUGUUGAGGUCACUGGACCCAAGGGGACUGUUAAAGUAAAAAUAGUGGACAAGUGCCCCGUAUGUAAGAAUGGCGAUAUUGACUUAUCCCCUGCUGCAUUUGAUAAAAUUGCCGAUGAGGCCGUUGGUCGUGUUCCGGUUACAUGGAAAGGCUGUUAA